CCUGGCCAAAUCGAGUUAAACAGGAAUACUCUUCUAGGUCUUCCCACGCCUGUCACGCUGCAGGGGAGACCGGGCGAGACAGUGAGCGUAGCGCGGUGCAGCAAACCACACGCCCUCACACCUGCCCGGCCCCAGCACAGGGCUCGGUGGGCAGGCGUGGGCAGCGACGUGGUGGUGCUACACAUCUUCCCGCGGGGCACCACCUGUCCAAGCCUUUCACCUUUCGUUAUGAAGCUGGAGACCUACCUGAGACUGGCCUCCAUCCCCUACCUGGUGGACUUCGAGGAGCCACUUGGGCCUAAGGGGAAGUGUCCUUGGAUCACGCUCAACGGGGAGGAGAUGGGGGACUCGCACCUGAUCAUGGCACACCUGGGGACACGCUACGUGCUGGACUUUAGCGGCCACCUGAGCGAGAAGGAGCGAGCCGAGGCACACGGUUUGAGGGUAAUGAUGGACGAGCACUUCUUCUGGGUCAACGUGUUAUGGCGGUGGGUGUACGACAGGCGGCGCGCGGUGUGUUCCCUGACGCACUGGGGGACGUGGCUGCCCUUCCCCUGGGUGUACCGCCCCCUUGUGGCCCGCCUGCUGCGCCACCAGGCCGUCAUGCAGGGCGUCGGCAGACACACGUGGCCGCAGGUGUUCCAAUUAGGCUGGGAGGACCUGCGCGCGCUCUCUGCUUACCUGGGUGACAAGAAAUUCCUGACGGGGGACAAACCGACGGAGGCUGACUGCGGCGUGUUCGGGAUGCUGAGUCAGGUGGUUUGGAACUCACCAGGCUCACCCCUCCUGGCGGCUGUGAAAGGUAGGUAG